UUUUUCUUGAAUCUCUUGAAAUUCUCUUGAAUUAUUUUUUCCUACAUGCCGUGACCUUCUUCCACACCCAUACCUGUGUGUACUAUAUAAGGUCAUAGGCUGCAAAGGAUCAUUACAAUUUAUCUUCAACCAGUGUUGUGUAUCAACUCAUAAUGGACUCCCUACUUGGAUUUUUGUGUGUGCUGUCUACUUUGGUAGCUGCAGGUCAUUCUCUCAACUGCACACAAUGUCUUGUAUUAAAUGGCACAUCUUGCACUGGGGACAGCAUUACCUGCCCUACUGGCAAUUACUUUUGUUCCUCUUCCAUCACGGCAAACAACGUAGCUUCAGGGUACAGUGCAUCAUUUACUAGAACGUGUUCACCAGUAGCACAGUGUAACCAGACUGGAAGUAUAACCUUUCUUUACGGAACUAUCUUGGUGGGGACGUCUUGCUGUGGCACUGACAACUGUACUCCAGCUAAUCCAACAUUGCCAGUUUCCAACAGUACUGCAAAUGGCUUGACAUGUCAAAACUGUUUCUCUUUGAACGCCCUUGAUUGCUACACUGGAACUACUUUGGCAUGUACGGGAGCUGAGAAUAAGUGCCUUCGCAUGUCUCAGACAAUAUCUGGUAGAAAUUUAUCAGUAACACAAGGACUUCGUGGUUGUGCCACUACCAGCAUGUGUGAUGUUCUUGGAAAUCAAACUCUAUCCGCAAGUGGAUAUAAUAUUAAUAGCAAUGUUGUGUGCACCAAUGGAAAAGAUGGUCUUCAUCACGGCUUUCUAUUGUCAACACUUGUUUCCAUUCUGAUGGCUAAGUUGUUCUCUUAGAAAAACAUUAAAAAAGCAAA